UUUAGACAGAGGCAUUUGUUUGUCUCCUUCAAAGGCAUUAGGCGACAGCUGCGAUCCCUCAGAUGCUGCUGCAUGCGGCUUGCUGCAGUGCCAGCAAGUCAGCGCAGCAGCAGCAGCAGCAGCUGCUGCUGCUGCUAAUGCUGCAGCAAAUCCUCCAGCAGCAAAUACGCACAAUAAUAAUAACACCCCACAACACAUCUACACCCAAACCCUUACAGCACCUCGCGCACUACAAGCAAUCAAUGAGCCCUUGCAGCAGCAGCAGCAGCAGCUGCAGCAGCAGCUGCUGCUGCAGCAGCAGCAACAACAUGAGCAGGAUAAGCAACAGGAGCAGGAUCAGCAGCUUCGAUCUUUACAGGUAAUUCCCUCCAGUUCUGCAGCAGCAGCAGCAGGUGAAGGGGUGAGCAGCAGCAUGCCUCAUUUGUCUGCUGCUGCUUUUGUAUGCGUCUUUGCUGCUGCUGCUGAUGGUGAUGCAUGUGGGGAGACAGUUAGGUGCCGUAGCGGCUGCAGCGCAUGCAUCAACGGCUUCUGUCGCUCGCUGCUGCCUCAUUCGGGUUCUUUAUCAGCAGCACCGCACACAAUCAGCAGCAGCAGCAGCAGCAGCAGAAGCAGCAACUCGGAACAGAUCGCUCUUACCCCUGCUGCUGCUGCUGCUCCUGCUGUUGCUGUAGCAGCCACAGACCCACUCAGGAAGCUGCAGUUACUACACGAAAAAGAGCAGCAACAGCAGCAGGAGCAGCAACAGCAGCAGGAGUUGAAGGCCUGGAUGGGUUCGGCUCUGCAGCUGCUGGAAGAGCUGCGAGCAGCAGAAGCAGCAGCAGCAGCAGCAGCAGCAGGAGAGGAAGAGUCAAUGAAUUUGUUUGAAUAUUCUGUAUGCGCAAAGACGCUGGGAGAAGUGCGGCUUGAGGCGUUAGGGCGCUCUGCAGCAGCAGGUUCAACAGCAGGUUCAGCAGCAGCAGCAGCAGCAGCAGCAGCAGCAGCAGCAGCAGCAGCAGCGGGAGCGGGAGCAGGAGGAAGUGCAGGCGACUUACAGAUAAAGGCCAGCAGCAGCAGCAGCAGUAGUAUCACCAGCGGCAGCAGCAGCAGCAAUAUCAACAAUAUCGGCAGGCCAAGCAGCAGCAGCAGCAAUAUCAGCAGCAGCAGCAGCAGCAGCAACCGCUAUCCUGUUGUAGAGGGCCUCUCUGUGGCGUCGUCUCCUUCCUUUUAUGCAGGCAGAAGGAGCAGCAAUUUGCUGCUGCCGCUGCAGCACACACAGGGGCCCCUGAGGCCGUCUCUGCUGCUGCAGCUGCCAGCAGCAGCAACACAUAGACCCUUAGAUGCAGCCUUUAGUAAUGCAGCAGCAACACAUAGACCCUUAGAUGUAGCUUUUAGUAAUGCAGCAGCAGACACAAACCAGCACCUGCUGCAGCAAAUCGUACAACCGCUACAACUACCCAUUCACAGGGGCGAGCGGCAGCAGCUGCUGCAGCCGCAGCAGCAACAGCGGCUGACACAGACGCACCAGCAGGCACUACUGGAGGGCAGCUCAGAGCAGCAGCUGCUGCUGCAGCACGACCCAGAGCAGCAGCUGCUGCUGCAGCACGAUCCAGAGCAGCAGCAACAGCAGCUUCUACAACAGCAGCGUCCGCUGCAGCAGCAACAAUUGCUGCUACAGCAAACAGGCCCGCAGGAGCUGCAGCCGCAACAGCAACAGCCCUGGCUGCUUCCAGCACCAAUGGAGCAGCAGCAAGCCCUGCUGCAGCAAAACCCCGAGCAGCAGCAGCAGCUGUUGCUGCAGCAGCACCUGCCGCAACAGCAGAACAGCCCGGCCGCCCGCCAGCAGCACAUGCAGCAGGAUUCCCUGCAGCAGCAACAGCAGCACGUAACCCCGCAGCAGCAACAGGAGCAGGAAAUCGAGCAGCAGCAAGAGCUUCUGCUGCAGCAAGAGCUUCUGCUGCAGCAAGAGGAGCAGCAGCGAUAUGCACUGCAGCAGCAGACAGAUAGCGAGGGAGAGCUGCAAGAGGAGCAGCUGCGAUAUGCACUGCAGCAGCAGACAGAUAGCGAGGGAGAGCUGCUCCACCAAAUGCAGCAGCCGCAGCAGCAGCAGCAGCAGCAACAGGCAAACACGCAGCAAUGGCUGCGGCAGCGGCCCUCAGAAGAGCAGCAGUCCUCGCUGCUGCUGUUAGCAGACCGAAGCUCUGAGCCUGCGGACGACGCAGUGCAGCAGCAGCCGUUGCAGCAGCAGAUGCAGCAAGUGCAGCAGCAGGAGAUAUUGCAGCAGCAGCAGAUACUGCAGCAGCAGCCGCAGGAGCAGCAGGGUAUACUGCAGCAGCAGGAGAUACUGCAGCAGCAGCCGCAGCAGCAGCAGGAUAUACUGCAGCGGCACCCCCCAGAACAGCAGCAACAAAUGUACACUGAAGUGCAGCAAGAGGAACCCUCGUUGGGGCGGCAGCAGCAGCAACCGCAGCAGCAGCAGCGGCGGCAGCGGCGGCGGAGGCAGCAGCAGCAGCAGCAGCAGCAGCAGCAGCAGGAACCCUGGCAAGAAGCUCCACAGGAACCAGACAGCUCCAGCGUUGCCCACCAGCAGCAGCAGCAGCAGCAACAGCAACAGCAGCAGCAGCAGCUGUUGUCGGUGCUCUCUCAGGAAGCAGAACUAGAGAGAAGUCCCAACAGCAGCCACAUCGGCAGCGACACCUUACCCCACAGCAGCAGCAGCAGCAGCAGCAGCAGCAAUAACAACAACAAUGACAACAACGGAAGCAGCAGCAGCGAGGAAGGAAGGGAAGAAGCAGCACUUCUAAUGCUGCAGUCUCCUGAGGUGUCUGUACAAGAAGAUGUGAAGCCUCAGUCUGCAGGCAGGCAGCAAGUUAGAGAAGCAGACAACACCGCAGCAGAGCAGCAGCUUACAGCCCGCCAAGGCAGCGGCAGCAACCAGCAGCAGCAGCAGCAGCAGCAGCAGCAGGAAGAGGGUUGGGGAGUUGAGCAGGAGUUGUCUCGGAUUGAGGGUAUGUCCUAUGGAGAGAACAGCACCAGAAGCAGCAGCAGCAGCAGUAGCAACAAUUUGCUUCCUGUCUUAGACGAAACAGAGCAGCAGCAGCAGCAGCAGCAGCAGCAGCAUCAGGGAGAGGGUUGGGGCGUUGAACGAGAGUUGUCUCGGGUUGAGGAUAUCUCCUCUGAAGAGCGCAGCAGCAGAAGCAGCAGCAGAAGCAGCAGCAACAAUAUGCUUUCUCUCUUAGACGAAUCAGAACAGCAGCAGCAGCAGCAGCAGCAGCAACAGCAACAGCAGCAGCAGCAGCGGCAGGAAGCAGCAGCAGCAGCAGAAGAUGAUGAUUGGGGUUGGGGAGGCGGCAUUCUGCAGGAGAUUCAAUCGGCUGUAUCUCCAACUCAAGAAAGGGAAGCUGUCGAUACAGCCCCCAAUCAGCACGCGCAGCAGCAACACCUCAGCAGCAGCAGCAGCAGCAACAGCAGAACCAGCAGCAGCAGCGGAAGCAGUAGCAGCAGCAGCAGCGGAAGCAGCGGAAGCAGCAGCAGCAGCAGCAGCGGAAGCAGCAGCAGCGGAAGCAGCAGCAGCAGCAGCAGCAGAAGCAGCAGCAGCAGCAGCGAGGAGGAGGAGCAGCUAGGCCCUCUUCCUCCCUCUGACCUCCUCGCAAACCGCAGCAGCAGCAGCAGCAGCAACAGCAACAGCAGCAACGGCAGCGACAGGAGGAGAAGCAGCAGCAUCAACAGCAGCAACAGCAGCAACAGCAACAGCAACAGCAACAGCAACAGCAUCAGCGACAGGAGAAGCAGCAGCAGCAGCAGCAGCGGCAGCAGCAACAGCAACAGCAGCAGCGACAGGGGGAGAAGCAGCAGCAGCAGCAGCAGCAGCAGCAGCAGCAGCACAGCAGCACAACCAAACGAGUCGCAGCAAGGCUCUUCUUCUCCUUUUGCUUCACCAGAAGGAGGGGGGAUUCUCCCUGAAGCCACAGAGGAGUCUACGGCCCACCGCAACAGCAGCAUCAGCAGCAGCAGCAGCAGCAGCAGCAGCAGCAGGAGAUCAUCUCAGCAGCCACACAGUCCCCAUUACUUGUGGGAUGAGAGUGAGGCCGAAGAAGAAUCGACAGAAGGAGGGUCAAGCCGGCCUCCAGCAGCAGCAGCAGGAGAAGCAAAUGCAGCAGCAGCAGCAGCAGAACCAAAUGCAGCAGCAGCAGCAGACGAAGAAGCACCAGAAGAAGAAGCAGAAGAAGCAGAAGAAGCAGAAGAAGACGAAGAAGCAGCGAUAGAAGAAGAAGAGCCCGACGAAGAAAGAGCAGCAGCAGCAGCAGCAGAUGAUGAUGAUGAUGAUGAUAAAGGAAGCAGAGAAGAAGACAAAGAAGAAACAGAAGUGCAGCAACAGCAAAAGCCACGCAAUUCGGCUGUCUCCUCGCGGCGAGGGAACGGCUCCUCCCGUACAGCUGCUGCUUCGCCCUCAGCAGCAGCAGCUGCUGCUGCAGCACCUGCUGCUCCUGCUGCUCGUGCUGCUGCUGCUGGGCCUUCUGGUGCAUUGGAGCUGCAGCAGGAAAGAGGAGAUGAAUCCGAAGGAGAAGUAUUGUCUUCGCCUCCCAACACACAAAACACAGCUGCCUAUACACCCCAGCAGACAGGAGCACGAAGGCGGCCAGCGGCCAAUAGAAGCGGAGCAGCAGCAGCAGCAGCAGCAGCAGCAGCAGCAGCAACAGCAACAACAGCGGCAGAAGCAGCAAACAGGCCACCCGUUGCCACGGACGACAGGCCUCCGGCUGGUGAAGGUGCAGCAGCAGCUGGAGCAGCAGCAGCAGCAGCAGCAGCAGCAAGUCAGCGGGCGCCAAGAGCAGCAAACGCCGCUGCAGCAGCAGCAGGAGAGGAGGGCGUAGGGUUUGCAGCAACGACAGGGGCAGCAACAGGAGCAGCAGCAAACGCCCCGGGACCAGCAGCAGCAGCACCAGCAGCACCAGCAGCAGCAGCAAGGGGACCCGGCGCAUACGCACCUGCCUAUACGCCCCAGCAGACAGGAGCACGAAGGCGGCCAGCGGCCAAUAGAAGCGGAGCAGCAGCAGCAGCAGCAGCAGCAGCAGCAGCAGCAACAGCAACAACAGCGGCAGAAGCAGCAAACAGGCCACCCGUUGCCACGGACGACAGGCCUCCGGCUGGUGAAGGUGCAGCAGCAGCUGGAGCAGCAGCAGCAGCAGCAGCAGCAGCAAGUCAGCGGGCGCCAAGAGCAGCAAACGCCGCUGCAGCAGCAGCAGGAGAGGAGGGCGUAGGGUUUGCAGCAACGACAGGGGCAGCAACAGGAGCAGCAGCAAACGCCCCGGGACCAGCAGCAGCAGCACCAGCAGCACCAGCAGCAGCAGCAAGGGGACCCGGCGCAUACGCACGUCGGUCUCCACAGCAGCAAAGCCGUCAGACAGCUCCAGCAGCAACUGCUGCUGCUGACCGAAACACCCGCCCUCCGCCUUCCUCUGCAGCAGGAGCAGCACGAGGAGGCGGCGAGGCAGCAGCAGCACCAGGAGCAGCAGCACCAGGAGCAGCAGCAGCAUCAGCAGCAGCAGGAGCAGCAGGAGCAGCAGGAGCAGCAGCACCAACACCAGCAGCAGCAUCAGCACCUGGAGCAACAGCAGAAUCAGCAGCAACAUCAGAACCAGGUGUAGGAGGAAGACAAGGAAGAGCAGCAGGAGCAGCAGGAGCAGCAGGAGCAGCAGGAGCAGCAGAAACAGCAGGAAGAGGAGGCGGAGCAGCAGGAAGAGGAGGCGGAGCAGCAGGAAGAGGAGGCGGAGCAGCAGCAGCACCGGCGACAUCAGCAACAGAAGCAGCUGCAACAGCAGCAGCAGCAGCAUCUGACGGGAGGCGUCAAUCUGGGGGUCGCCCUGUAAGGAGGAGGGGCCGUAUGGCCCCUCGGGGCGAAGCCUUAUCCAAUGCUGGUGGUGGUGGUGGUGCUGCUGCUGCUGCUGGUGCUGCUGCUGGUGCUGCGUCUGCUGCAGCAGCAGCAGACAAUGAAGAAGAAAGCGAGGAAGAGGAAUGGGUCCCCUGGGAUGAGAGUUGGGGAGAUGAUGUGCAGUGGAUAGAUGAAGAAGAAGACAUUCCCCUCAGCAGCAGCAGCAGCAGCAGCAGCAGCAGCAGCAGCAGCAGCAGCACCAAUGCAGGUGGCGCUGCUGCAGCAGGAGGCCUCCCCAGCCAAGCACCAGGCAGCCUAGGCUGGGCGGUGCAAACGCCGCAACAGCAGCAACAGCAGCAACAGCAGCAACAGCAGCAGCUGUUUCUGCAGCAGCAGCAGCAGCAGCAACAGCAGCAGCAGCAGCAGCAGCAGCAGCAGCAAGGUCAAGUUAGUUGCGACCUUCUCAGUGCAACACGGGGCGAGUGCAUAUCUCCCUUUACCUCGCAGCAAGCAAGAGAACAACUCUAUGUGCAGCAGCAGCAGCAGCAGCAGCAGCUGGGUUCUACUGGGCGCUUCAUUCCCCUGCAGGGCGGCCUUAACACCAGAGGCGUCUCUGGCUGUGACAGCACCUGCUGCAGAGAGGGCUACUACUGUUCAGUAGCAGGUGGCGGCUGCUCUCCGCAGCGUCGUUUAGGGGAGCAGUGCUGGGGUGUAUCCUCACUGGAAUGUGUUAAUGGUUUAAUAUGCUUAAAUCAAAUCUGCAGCCCUCCCUUCUCUGUCUUCCCUUCUGCUGCUGCUGCUGCUGCUGCUGCUGCUGGUGCUACUGCUGCUGGUGUUGCUGAUGCUGCUGGUGUUGCUGGUGCUGCUGCUGCAGCAGCCGACGCGCGAACAGACGCAGCAACAACACUACCAGCAGACGCAGUACCAGCACCAGCACUAGAAGCAGCAGCAACAACAGAAGCAGCAGCAGCAGCAGCAGCAGGAAAGGGUGUUGUGCAUGCAGGUGUUGUAAGCAUCGGGCCUGCGGUGUCUCCGCUUCAUGUUUGUGUUCCGUGGAGUCGCCCCAUCAUUGUGGGGUUUCUUUCUGCUGCUGAUAGCCCCUCAGCAGCAGCAUCGCUGCAGCAGCAGCAGCAGCAGCAGCAGGCGCUGCUGCAGGUUGCAUGCGAGGCUCUAGAAGGGCAGGAGUGCACUCAAGAUGCUGAGUGCUGGGGCUUUGCUUCACCCUUUGCUUACUGCGAGCAGCAAGACAACCGCUGCAGAGCGCCAGCCUUCCCUACGUGUCUUCCUUUGCUGCAGAAGCUGCUGGGGCUGCAGCUAGAAGCAUUUGGACGCUCCUUUGAAGCCCUGCAGCAGCAGCAGCAGCAGCAACAGCAGCAGCAGCAGCAGCAGCCGAUUGAAGUCAUGGUGCAGCAGCAAGCUCAGGGCUUCCUCUUCGCUUCUAUCCCUCAGCCGUCUCACUGGGGGGCCCCACGGCAGCAAUGGGGGGCUGUUGGUGUUGCUUCUGGGGGCCCCUUUGCUGCUGCUGCACUUCGUGAAGAAGCAGCAGCGCAGCAGACGGGUCUGCUGCAGGCUGCACUCAUCUGCUGCUUCAAAUACAGAGAGCAGCAGCAGCAACAGCAGCAGCAGCAGCAGCAGCAGCAGCAGCAAAAUGUGCUGCACCAAAUAGUUGACCUCAAGGGAGUGUCCGAGGGGCCUCAGUGGAAUAUCCCUUGGCUGCCAAAUCCUCCUGCAAUUCGUGCAGGUGAGGAUACACCUCAGCAGCUGCAGCAGCAGCAGCAGCUGCUACUGCAGCAGCAGCAACAACAACAACAACAGCAGCAACAGAAGGAACAGCUUCUGGAACAACAACAACAACAGCAACAACAACAGCAGCAACAACAGCAACUGCUCCUACUUCAGCAGCAGCAGCAACAGCAAAUUCUUCUGCAGCAGCAGCAGCAGCAGCAGCAGCAGUUGCUGCAGCAGCAGCCUCCCCUCCCAAUUGGUGUGGGAGGCCCCCAGAUGUGGAGAAGCGGCACUUCUCAGGCUGCUGCCGCGCGACGUCUACAGCAGCAGCAAGAGCAGCAGCAAGAGCAGCAGCAAGAGCAGCAGCAGGAGCAGCAGCAGGAGCAGCAGCAAGAGCAGCAGCAAGAGCAGCAGCAGGAGCAGCAGCAGGAGCAGCAGGAGAGGCAGCUUCCUGCAGGAGUUGUGCUAGCAGCAAAAGGCCCUCGCAGCAGCGCAGACAGCCAAGGGUUUAGUGGGGUUGUGUGCAGUAUGCAGGAAGUUGAUUUGCUGCUGCUGUCUCUGAAGGACAGCUACGACGUCUUUGUGUAUCCUGCAGCAGCAGCAGCAACAGCAACUGUGCUUCAUACAGACGGGCUAGAAGCUGUAUUUGACGCGGGCGCAGCAGCAGCGCAGCAGCAGCAGCGGCAGCAGCAGCAGCAGCAACAACAACAGCAAAAAAACGCAAUACUUGAGACGGAAACACUGCUCAGGCUGCAGCACGAAGAGCAGCAGAGGCAGCAGCAGCUUCUCAUGCAGCAAUACGCUCUCAGCAACGCACAGAGACAGCAAGACCUGCAGCAGCAGCAGCAGCAGCAGCAGCAACUGGGAGCAGCCGUGCAGCCAGCAGCAGGAACCCUCCCAUCAGCAGCAACAGCUGCAGCAGCAACCCCGCAGCCACCGACGGCCCUCUCCCUCGACCCGAACGCAACACCAGAGCAGCAGCAGCAGCUGUUGCUGCAGCAGCAGCUAAUGCUGCAGCAACGACAGCAGCAAGCAUACUUCACCCAGGCCACAGAGAGCGCUCCCCAGCAGCAGCUGCAGCAGCUGCAGCAGCAGCAGCAGCUGCAGCAGCUGCAGCAGCUGCAGCAGCAGCAACGGUCUGCAGCAGCUGCAGCAGCAGCAGCAGCUGCAGCAGCUGCAGCAGCUGCAGCAGCAGCAACGGUCCUCUGGAAGCAGACAGAACGCCCAGCAGCAGCAACACCAGCAGCAGCACCAGCAGCAACAGCAGCAGCAGCAGCAGCAUCACCUGCAGCAGCGCCCGCAGCAAAUGGAGGAGUAGUACGCAGCGCAACGACAUCGCAAAAGGCGACGAACGCUGAGGAACAUGCAGGUGCAGCACCACCUGCUGCUUCUGUUGCUGCUGCUGCUGCUGCCUCUAGAGGCAGCCAGGCAGCAGCAGACGACAGCAGCAGCGACCUUUUCCUAGAGGAAUUUGAUGAAGAUGACGAAGAAGAAGAGUUGCAGCAGCAGCAGCAGCAGCAGCAAAGCCACAGAGCCAGUCAGCGCAACGAUGCGCAGCUGCUGCAGCACCAGCACUACCAACAGCAACCGCAGCAGCAGCAACUGCGGCAGCAGCAGCAACUGCAGCAGUACCAACUGCAGCACAACCAACUGCGGCAGCAGCAGCAACUGCAGCAACCGACGCAGCAGCAGCAGGGGAGUCAACCUCAACGAAGGUCUGCACCUGUAAGCAUCAAUGCAAACACCAGCAGCAGCAGCAGCAGCAGCACCAGCAGCGGCACUGCUGUUCCUCUGUCUCGCCGCGAGCAGCAGCAGCUGCAGCAGCAAGCAAGACUGGCAGCUGCGCAAGACUUGCAACGACAGCAGCGCCAGCAGCAGCAGCAGCGCCAGCAGCAGCAGCGCCAGCAGCAGCAACAGCGCCAGCAGCAGCAGCGCCUGCAGCAGCAGCAGCGCCAGCAGCAGCAGCGCCUCCAGCAGCAGCAGCGCCUGCAGCAGCACCAGCAGCUGCAGCAGCAGCGCCUGCAGCAGCAGCACCAGCAGCAGCAACAACGCCUGCAGCAGCAUCUGCAAGGGCCGCUGCAACACGGGAGCUCUCUUGUGGGCCCUGUAGCAACAGUAGCAGCACCAACGGCAGCAGCAGCACCAACAGCAGUAGCAGCACCAACAGCAGCAGGAACAACAGCAGCAGCAGGACAACAGGCAGCCCUGCCGGGAGCGAGCGCAGCCUAUUCCCCGUUACAGCAGCAGCAGCAGCAACACCGUCAUCAGCAGCGUCUACAGCCGCAGCACUAUCAACAGCCGCAGCUGCACCAGCAGCAGCAGCAGCGCCAUCAGCAGUUGCUGCAGCAGCCACACCAGCAGCUGCAGCAUCAGCAGCAGCAGCAGCAGGCGUUGCACUUGCAGGCUCCUUCUUCUUAUCGGCCUUCUUCCCAGCCCUUUGUCGUCUCCUCUUCUAAUCCUUCGCCUUUGCCUUCAGGGGGCCCCUCUUCGCAACUGCAGCGGCAGCAGCAGCUGCAGCAGCAGCAGCAGCAGGUGCCGCAGCAGCAGCACAGGUGGGCACAGGAGAAGCCCCUAGAAGCCCAAGGGGAGGCCCCUAUGGAAAUACCCCACGCAUCUCCAGCAGCAAAGGGGGCCCCCAGUCAACAAAACCCUCUAGGGGGCCCCCAUGAAGACAAACUACUGGGGGCCCCCCUGGGGGCCCCCCAGAACGAGCAGUAUGUGGGGUGGCUGCUGGGGGGCCCCCAAGAAGGAAACCCUCUUGGAGCCCCUAUUGGGGCCCUUCUUGGGGCCCCCCAUGAAGCUAUGCUUUUCAAGGCCCCUCUGGGGGGCCCCCAUAAAGAGGAUCUUCUAGGGGCCCCCAACAAAGGGAAUCCUCUAGGGGCCCCUCUGUGGGCCCCUCUGGGCGCUUCUCUAGGGGCCCCUUUGGGGGCCCCUUUGGGGGCCCCCCUAGGGAACCCAUUGGGGGCCUCUUUGGGGGCCCCUCUGGGGGCCCCCCUAGGGAACCCAUUGGGGGCCUCUCUGGGGGCCCCUCUGUUGAACCCACUGGGGGCCCCUCUGGGGGCCCCUCUGUUGAACCCAUUGGAGGCCCCUCUGGGGACUUCUUUGGGGGCCCCUCUAGGGGCCCUGGGGGCCCCUCUGGGGGCGCAUGAAGAAGGGAAGCAUCUAAAGGCAUCUGUGGGGGCCCCUUUGGGGGCCCCUUUAUUACCUUCUAAUUUGUUUGGGUUUGGGUCUGGGGUUCGCCAUUUGAGGGAAUUGGAGUUAAAAUUAAAUAAAAAAGAAAUGCAGAAAAUUUUGCUGAGGGUGAAGACGGGAGAGAAGACGCUGCUGCAGCAGGUGCCGCAGCGUCUGCAGCAAGAGGAAGUAUUUGUUGGGGGUUUUAUAGCUGUGUUAGAGGAGCAGAUGUCUUUGGGGGCCGUCGGAAGAUUAAUAGAAGUAGCAGUGCUGCAGCUGUCUAUUAAAGAGACAAAGACAGCUCUGCUCUUAGGUGUAUAUACACCUCAGCAGCACCCCACAGACAGCAAACAAUCGCAGCAUCAUCUCUGUGAAGUUCUACAGGCAAUUCAACAACCUCCAGUAGAGGAUUUCCUUAAGACGUGGGGUGCUGAAGGUCCUGUUGAGGUGUAUACAGACCCUGUUGCUGCUGCAUGCAUAAAGAGCAGCAAAAGGAGUUAUAGCGUCUGGAGGGAGUUAGUAAUAAUGCCUCAGCUCUGUCGCUCAGAAGAAAACUUUGCUGCUGCUGCUUUUGAUAUAUACCUGCGUAUACACUCCGAGGGGAGACAGCUGCGCAGCUGGCAGCAGAAGCUGCAGGCCCUCAACCAAUGGCUAGACGCCUAUCAGCAGCAGCAGCAGCAAGAGCAGCAGCAACAACAGAUGCAUGAUUUGUUUGUUGAGUUGGUGUCGCUGCUGGUUGUUGAGUUGGUGUCGCUGCUGGGAGCAGCAGAGGCAUACAGUUUGCUGCAGGAGAGUGUGAAGGGCAGCGCCGGUGCUGCUCGUCCUUCUGUCGUGCUGCUGCAGCUGCUGCAGCUGCUGCAUCUGCUGCAGCAGCAAGAUGGUUCACCUGGGGAGCAAGAAGACCGAGUGGCAGCAGCAGCAGCAAGGCGGCUGCUCCUGCUGCUGCUGCAGCAAACGGAGAACAGCUUGCAAGAGGCUCUGCCUGAAGCAGGUCCGCUGGAGGUGGUUGGGUUGCGUGCAGAGGGCCCUUCGCUUUUUAUAUCGGUGCUAGGGGGCGAUGCGCUGGAGUCUGAGGUGUACAGACACCUCAACCUCACCGAAGAGGCUUUUACUGCAGCAACAACAAACAUCUCUGGUUUGCUGCCGCGCAGUUCAAUUCUUUCGCUUCUCUGUCCUGAUGAAGUAGAAUUCAUUGCAGGAUAUGAGACCUUUGGAGAAGGAGCAGCAGAGGAGCCGCCAUCGCCUCAAACAAUUCACUGUCUCUUCAGCAAACCCAUCCUUCUUCGAGAAGCUCGGCAGCAGCAGCAGGAGCAGCAGGAGCAGCAGCACGUGCAGCAGCAGCACGAGCAGCUGCACGAGCAGGAACAGGUGCAGGAGCAGCAGCAGGAGCAGCAGCAGGAGGAGGAGGGGGAGUUGGAUGAUGCUGUUGAAGCUGCAGGUUUAUUAGUAGCAGAUUUUCUCGCUGAUUUGUGCAGCAGCGUUUGUCUUUUAAAAGACAGCGGCAUCACUGCAGCAAAUGAUGUCGUAGCCUUCUCUUACUCUGUAGAGCCUUUAGAAGGAACAACUAAAGAAGAAUUUAAGUUAGUAAUGCAUAAAAUUAUGCAGGCUGUGCUGCUAACAAACUCUCAGCUGUACAGAGACCUCCCCUACGGCGCACUCGUUCUUCGUAUCCAACACAAUCUGCAGCAAACUCCUCAACUUAUUCAUACAGAAUAG